GCGCGCCCCGCCCCGCCACGGCUCCCGCCGGGGACGGCCUUGGCGGAGGACCUGUGAUGAUCAGCUGAGCCCGCUCCUGCCGCUCCUCCGGCUCCUCCGGCCUUCUGCCGCCGUUCCUCCUCCUCCUCCUCCUCGUCCUGCCGCCGCCGUCCGGCGCCCCGAGCCGCCGCGCCCCGCAGAGCCGCCCGCCCGCCCGCCCGGCCGAAGCAUGUCCAAGCCCAGCGACCACAUCAAGCGCCCCAUGAACGCCUUCAUGGUGUGGUCCCGCGGCCAACGGCGCAAGAUGGCCCAGGAGAACCCCAAAAUGCACAACUCGGAGAUUAGCAAGCGGCUGGGCGCGGAGUGGAAGUUGCUCUCCGAGGCGGAGAAGCGCCCGUACAUCGACGAGGCCAAGCGGCUGCGGGCGCAGCACAUGAAGGAGCAUCCCGACUACAAGUACCGACCCCGGCGCAAGCCCAAGAACCUGCUGAAAAAGGACAGCCAGUUCAGCUCCAGCGCCAUUCAGAAGAUGACUGAGGUUCCUCACACCUUAGCCACCAGCACCCUGCCCUACGCCUCCACCUUGGGAUACCAGAACGGGGCGUUCGGCAGCUUGAGCUGCCCCAGCCAACACACCCACACUCACCCCUCGCCAACUAACCCGGGCUAUGUCGUGCCAUGUAACUGUACCGCUUGGUCGGCUUCCAGUUUGCAACCUCCAGUUGCCUACAUAUUAUUCCCAGGCAUGACCAAGACUGGGAUAGACCCCUAUUCUUCAGCACACGCGACUGCCAUGUAACACCCACCCACCCACACCCCCACAGGCGUGUGUGUGUGCGCGUGUGUCCCCCAAACCCGGCCGGCAGCUGGAACUGGGAUUCCUCCGUGUGUGCAUGUACAUAAAAGCUGCA